AUGCGCCACCGGCGACGGCCGGCUCCUUCGUCAUGCCGACGCAGCAGGCUCAUGAAACGCUUGCCGUUGCAAGGUACCAGUCCGGGACGUCGUGCUGCCGUCGCUGCCGCUUCCACCUGCUGCUUCGACCGUCACGGCGAUGGCCAUGAUGCCGCCCCGCCCCGGGUUGGGUGGGAGGAGACGGAGAAGGAGACGGCCAGGAGAUGGCUAGGAGAUGGCUCUCGACAACGGCCUCGCCUCAGGUCCAUCGACGAUGACGUGCGUGCAGGUGGUCCGUUCCGCCGAGAGCACCGAGUAUCGACGGCGACAAUAAUGGAUGCGGCGCUCGCAUGGCGGCAAGAGUCCUCUGAGCCCUGCUCGCGCAUCUACUGGUGCGGUGUCGAUCGGCAACGGCUGCCGGGGUUCACGACGGGCGGAAUCCGAGAGGGCGAAUGGCCAAACACGACAAGGUUGUUUGCCUUGAUUUGCAGGGCCUCACUGGCCCGAGGAAGCAGAUUUGGCAUUGUUCCCCGUCGACCUUGA